AAGUCGAGAGAAGAGUCAAGAGAACGUCUGAAGGAAAGAUGAACUGUUUUUUGAUCUAUGCAUUUCUUUUUUUCUUUUUUGGUUUUCAGAAAUGUCAGACUGACUCCCAUCCCUGUAAGUAUCCCCCGUCCCAGUGGUGUAGCAGUUUGGAAAUCGCAGUGGAAUGUGGGGUUCAGAAGCAGUGCAUGGAGCUAAACGUCACCAGGCCUGAUCCAUCUGCUCCUCUUGUAGAGGUAACUGUGUACUAUGAAAGCCUCUGUCCCGGUUGGAGAACCUUCCUGACUGGUCAACUCUUCCCUACCUGGACAAUGCUCAGGGAUAUCAUGAGGGUACACCUAGUGCCCUAUGGCAAUGCAAAGAAACUUCCUGAACAGAAUUUGUUUCCGUGCCAGCAUGGCAAGCUGGAAUGCCAAGCUAACCUGAUUGAGGCUUGCAUUUUGAAUGUCACUGGACAUGCAGCAUUUCCAAUUAUUUACUGUAUGGAGUCUUCAUCAGAUGUGAUAAAUGCAGCCCAGCCUUGUCUGCAGUUGUAUGCCCCGUCUGUGGAAUGGGGGACUGUAGAAUCAUGUAUAAGAGGAAGUCUUGGACACCGUCUUAUGCAUGAGAAUGCCUUGAAGACUCAGGCUCUCAGACCACAACACACCCACGUCCCUUGGAUCACAUUCAAUGGGGUAUAUGCUGAUGACUGGGAAGACAAGGCACUGUCGGCUCUCUUUAACCUCAUCUGCAAUUUGUAUAAAGGACUCAAGCCACCUACCUGCACUGGAGCUCUGAUGAACCUGGAUCAAAGCUUUUGUUACAGAUUUUUUUUAAUGUGUACCAAUGCAGUUUAACGAUUUGUAAGCCUUGAGAAAGAAAAGCUAAGUUGAUCUUUACAUGUAAGAUGUGAGUUGCUUCUUAAAAAAAUGUUUACUUCAUAUUAGAAGCAUUAUUGCUUAAAAUAACAC